GACUCUGAUCGCGCACGAGGAGAGUACGCGUCGCGCUUGCCUUCUGCCGGCUUUCGGACUUUUGAAUUAAAACUCCGAUAAAAAAUUCGCGACUAGUAAAAUUCUGUGCUUGUGUUGUGUGUGACAGCAGGAACUGUUAUAAUUCCAAGGUGAUCAAGUGGCCAAAAUUACUCAUGUUCCUAACUAAUUCUUUCGACAUAGUGCAAUCCCGAAACAUGACAUAAUUAGUGAAAUUCAGUGUUAGUGCUACUUUGGUGCAUUCCGUAUUUACCUAGAGUAUUAAGUGUAUAGAACAUACAUAUCAAACAAAAUGGAAGCUCUAGAAAGGCGGGGUGUGAUAAAGGCGAUCUUCGCGUUGUUCUUCAUAUUUUGGCCACAAUGUCCUGCAGCGGAUGCCUACCGAAACGCCACAAAGAUGUCGUACGUGUGUCCGCCACACUUCGUCCGCCUCGGACACAGCUGCUACUACUUCAGCGACGCGCCGGCCAACUGGCAGGAGGCGCUCUUCGCGUGUAAGGAUCGAGACAGCAACCUGUCAGUGCCGGCGCGGUGGGAAGACAGGAAUCUACGCGCCUACCUCAACCGCCCAGACGUGGCCAAUGCCAGCCGUUGGAUUGGCGGCAUUUACGACUUCAGCACGAAGGCGUGGAAGUGGGGGGGAGAGCUGCGGCAGAUGCACUACCAGUCCUUCUCCAAGAUGAAGAAGCUCAGCCCCGAGCAGCUCAAGUGGCAUUGCAUUGCCAUGCUGCCGGACAUAUUGUACAGAUGGGCACCGCGCAGCUGCUUCGAGCACCACCGCUACAUCUGCCAGACGAAGCUGCGCAAGGUCGCCAAGAAGGAGGUGAAGGAGCUGCGCAAGCGCUGGCAGCGGAUGGGCAAACUCAACGAGAUCACCGCGCCGAGUGUCAGCCGGGAAGACAACAAUAUCAACGAUGUAGACUCAUUCAAGAACCCGAAGUCUUUCGACCUGCGUCCGAGUCCCCUGAAGCUGCGCCCGCGCAGCAACCGGACGCGGACGUACCGCACCCACCCGCACGGGCUGCGCCCCAACGAGCUGAGGAAGAGGUCCCGCUCGCCCAACAUACACCGCCGGCUCACUAGACCUUUCCCAGGUUACCAAUGGAAACGCCGAGACCCGCAAGGCUCGUACGAAUACAACAAGAAACUGUUGCUCUCCGGCCGAACUGGACUCACGCAACAGCAGAUCAAAUCGCACUUGACCAGGCUGGCCCACCUCCGCGACGUGCAGAUCGCCAAGCAACGGAGAUUUAAGGACAACGAUUGGCUGGUCAAUGAACCCCAACAGAAAUUGGCUCAAACCCACGCCAGGACGUAUACCAUGGAUAAUAACAUCAGCGCUUUGCAUCCGAAGACCAUAGUUGAGGAGUUCGAUAUGUUCCCGGCGCCUGAGGCGGUGCCGCGUCAGUCUGAACGAUAAAGAGUUUUACUAAAUGGCAGAACUAACAAAGUUAUAGUGGAAAAUGUUUGAUUAAAAAA